ACAUCCUUCCACACAGACACAAUGCCGACCUACAAGGUGACUGUAUAUACUGUUAGACAGUUCAGUUUUGAGAAAAUGGACAACAUUUACCUGACGCUGCUGGACUCAGAGAAGCAGAGCAGUAAAAGAACCCUGGUGGAUCAAUCCUGGUUUUCUCGUUUUAAAACGGAGUUCUCCCUUGACAUCCAUGUGGAGAAGAACAUUGGAAACAUUGUCCAGGUGAAACUUGAAAAGGAUCAUCACAAUCAUCCAUGGUUCUGUGAGCAUAUCAAAGUGCAAACCUCUGGAGACUGCUUUGAGUUCCCCUGUUACUGGUGGCUAGUGAACGAAAAUGAAGUGAUGAUCCGAGAGGGCACUGCUCGACUGCCUCAGGAUGACACCAAAUCUUUUCAAGAGCAAAGAAAAGAUGAACUGGAAUCAAGACAGAAAAUAUUCAGGUUUGAUGAAAGAGACUUUUUUUGUUCCUCCCUAGACACAGUUCAGUGUGCUUGGCACACAAAUAUUAAGCACCGUAUCGGUCCAUUUAAGACCAGGAAAUAUUUUUUAAAAUUCACCUGUACCAUAUGAAUUAGUUUGUAAUCUGGGGUCAGUGGAAGAAAAUGACAAGGGACAAAUUAACCUUUUCUAGACUAAAUUUAUAAUGGGAUAAAUAAAGGCACUUUUACAACAUUUCUCUGGUUUCCAAUUAGCCGAUUUCACAAAGACACCACUGCAGGGAAAGCAUUUUCAGUGUAACUGAUCCAGAUACUAGGA